AUGAAUGAGAUUGAUUUAAUAAAGGAGGUUGAAAAGCGACCUAUUUUGUAUGACAAGUCUGUGAGUGGUUUUAAUAAAACUAAACUUAGAGACGAUGCAUGGAAAGAAGUACAACAGUCAUUACAUGUUUCUGAAUCAGAGUGCAAGAAAAGAUGGCGGUCUCUUCGCGAUUCGUUCAUAAAACUCCAGAGGACACACGGGGGUCGUACGAGGUGGCCUUACCACCAGGCCAUGAGGUUCCUGUUGCCGCAUAUAGAAACUAAGGACAAUGGAGCUAUUAGCAAAAAGGAAGCUGAGGACUCGGAUGCUGAAGAGGAGAUGCGUCAGCGUGCCAUCCAAUGUCUGCCGGACCUGUCAUACAGUCAGGAUAACAAAUACGACGACGAUGACGAGGAAGACUCCGAACCCUCACCGAAGAAAGCUCGUCAGAACUCCACGGACGAAGAAGUAACGUCCUGUUCCUGUGAUAAAAGAACGGACCCUGAUGAGUUGUUCCUUAUCAGUUGCGCUCCGACCCUUAAAAGGCUAAAUUCCAAACAAAACGCGCUUGCUAGACUUAAAAUCCAGCAGGUGUUGUUAGAAGCGGAAUUCGGUUCCCAAAUGGAUCUCCCCUACGUGACACCGGCAAGUGAUUGUGACUUCGACGCUGUUGAAUAAGUCUUAAGAAAAUACACACAUUUAAAUAGCACAUAAUAAUAUAGAUUUUAUCAAAAUGUUUUACACUAAAUUAGGACGGGCUACAACGUAAGAUUUUAAAUGGCUUUUUGUUAUAUUAUUUAAGACGAAACUUAGCUGUAAUGUUUGUUUGUUU